AGUGUGUGUGAGCGUGAUCUAGUUUAGUAUCUGCUCCUCCUCCUACGGCAGUAUGAGAACAGUGCAGUUCGUGUGAAGACAGCGACCGCGACUAGAGAGUUCACUCUGCGUGAGAACUGAAGGUUACGAGGACUGCUUCACAAUGAGGAGGGGAAACAACCUGGCUGCAGAGUUGCGGAGAGGAACAUGACGACAUCUCACAUGCAGACGUUGGACCUUUGAACUGACGAUUUGGAGGCUAAAGUCAAGGAAUUUCUCUCUGCGAAUGAGGAUCCUCAGAGCUGACCGACAGCACGUGAGCUUUUUACAUUCAACCGCACCUGGACCUAUUCUCCUGCUAAUAAGGAGUAUAUCAGGAGGAUUCAAUAAAUGGACUGUCCGUGGGCCAAAAAAAAGAAAAAGGUACUUUGCAAGUUGAUUUGUAAUUAACACGGAAAGAUACAUGCCAAACAAAGGAGUAACUUUGGUUUCAGCCUAUAUUUUAUUGGAGGCUGAUAGAACAGUACUAUUCGGCAUGCCUGAUAUUCACUACAUUUAACCGCUACACUAUGGCAACAACAAACAUGGCAAACCUCCCGUGUAACCAAAGCGAUUCCUUCAAGCACACCCUGUACAGCACCUCGUUCAGCCUGGUGUUCUUCGUCGGACUGCUCUUCAAUAUAGUUUCUAUAUACAUAUUUGCCUGCACGUUGAAGUUGCGCAAUGAGACAACCACGUACAUGAUGAACCUGGUCUGCUCAGACCUGCUCUUUGUUCUCACUCUGCCCUUUCGGAUCUACUACUUCAUCAAACAAGAGUGGCUGUUUGGCGACAUUGCGUGCAAGCUCUCCGUCUCGCUGUUCUACACCAACAUGUACGGCAGCAUCUUCUUCCUCACCUGCAUCAGUGUGGACCGCUUCCUGGCCAUCGUUUACCCCUUCCGCUCGCAGGUCAUUCGCACCAAGAGGAAUGCGAAGGUGACCUGCUGCGUGGUCUGGGUGGUCGUCCUGUCUGGGACUCUGCCCACCGGGUUCCUGAUGGAGACCUCCUCCGAUGCCAACAGGAACACCUCCAAGUACUGCUUUGAGCAGUACUCACGCGAGCAGUGGAAGGACGAACUGUCCAAGGUGGUGAUCUUCAUGGUGACCGUGGGAUUCCUGCUCCCGUUCAUGCUCAACGUGUACUGCGCCGUCAGGGUGCUAUUGACCUUGAGGAAGCCGCAAACCCUCAGCCGCGGAGGUGCCCUCAACAAGACUAAGGUCUUAAGAAUGAUCCUGGUCCACCUCUUCAUCUUCUGCUUCUGCUUCAUCCCCUACAACGUCAACCUGGUGUUCUAUUCGCUGAUGAGGACCAAAGCUCUGAAAGGCUGCUAUGCGGAAACUGUGGUGAGGGCUAUCUAUCCUGUGGCCUUUUGCAUAGCCGUGACAAACUGUUGCUUUGACCCCGUCAUAUACUACUUCACCUCAGAAACAAUCCAGAACUCCAUCAAGCGCAAGUCUGUAGCGGUGCGCGAUAAGGUCUCUCAAGCAAUGGUAAUGGACAACGAUGGUGGGACUUUAACCAGAAACUUUGGGACACUGAGAAACAAACUGUUCAACAAUGAGUCUUCUGUCUGAAUUGCACAAAAACAUGUUCCUCGCACUGAAUUGGGUGAAGCUCUUUAAAGAGCACACCUAAAUAGAGUGCAGUGAUUGUACCGUACAGAGGUUUAUCACCUUAUGUCAUCAGUAUUACAUUUCACUAGCAAAUAAAUUGGCCAGCAGAAAAGAAAAAACCCGAACAGGAACUGUAAAACUGAGUUUUUCCUCAAGUCAUAGGAGAUGGAUACUAAAACUUGAUGAAUAUUUUCACAAACAAAUGUGAAGACAUUGAAAACCCCAACACAGGGUGGCUCACCUUUCCUUAUACCUCUUUAAGGGAAUGGCUUGUUAAGUGAAUAAGGGGAAGAUGACUGCCGUUGAGAUUGUUUUUCAUUGUCAGCCAUUUUAAGCGUGCUCGAAUGAGUUCUAACGGCUGGGGGGAGUACUUUACUGCCCAGACGUGUCUGAGUGAGUCUGAGUUGGACUUUCAUCGCCAUCCCGCCAAUGCGACAUCAUUAACCAUAUGUGCCAAUCUUAUAUCCCUCUUCCAGCUUGCAUCAUGUAGAUUGUUCUACCCAACUUGACAACUCAAAUCAAAGCUGACAUUUACAUCAGCUUUUUCUGUGUUGUUCUCAAAGACCAUCGUAUUGUCCAAACAAUGUCACCAAUGUUUUCUUUUAAAUUAUUCCACCUGAUUUAUUCUAUAUUUGGUAAUGCUGUAUUGAGGUAAUAUAUGUGGAGUUUGUAAGUGUAUAGUGAUGUAUAUAUAUAUAUAUAUAUAUUUGUACUAAAACCAACAAAGAGAGCCAUGUAUUUGACUGAAGAUCUUUCCUAGACAUAUUGAGAGAAGUACCCCGUUAUUCUGGUUGACGCAAUGAUGUUUAAUGCUUCUUUAUAAUGAAGGUGCAGAAAGUGGUAGUACAGGCUGAUACCAUGACUCCACAGUGAGUCAAUACUAAUAUACAGUUAUUUCAGGUGUGGUCUGUGAAGUCUCCCCAGGUUUGCAUGCUAGAAUAUCAGGUAGACCAGAGCUGCAGGUUUUUUGAAUGCCUCUGUUACGCAAUCGAUAAACUCCAGUAAAGGGUUGUCACACAACUUCCAUCAAAGGCAUAACGCCCUAUUCCUUCACACAUUUUGAAAUGACUAUCAACCAGGAUUUGGUUGAGGAUUAUCAACAGAAAAUGUGGGAAUCUCAUGCUGGUGAAUGAUGUUUACACAAAGCUUAAAUGGUUAACAGUAUCCAGACACACAAAGGAAGCCUGACACAGAAAGCAUACGGCCUCGUAAAAACAAUGUUUUGCAGGAGUUAUGCAUUCCUUCUGAUGCACUUUCCUUCAAGUUAAGACAGUCCCUAGCCUGCUCUUCUGGUAAGAUGGAUAUUCAAGCACAGGCAAGUAAGUGCGUGUCUUCCACCGUGAAAACAUGCAGUUCAUUCCUCAAUGAUAGCAGCGGUAUUUUACCAAGUGCAUCUCUGGCUCACCCGCAUAAGACAGAUGUAGUGAUGUGGCGAAACAAAACAAAUAGCAAUCCAUGAAAACACAACAAGCUCGACCAUCAACCAUGAUUUAUCGAACUUUGUGGUAUUAAUGUACUAGUAAGUUGCUAAUUUAGAACUUACGAGUACUAAAUGAGCCCCUGACUAGAUCUUCAGUCAACGGUACUUGGGAGAGACGUGCGCGCGCAUGUUUUAAUGAGCGAGUGAGUGAGUUAGUGAGUGAAUGAAUGAGUGAAUGAGUGAGUGAAAGACUGUGCAUGUGGGCGUCAGCUGAAGAACGCUGCCAUCACCACUAGUGUAUACACUCGUACAGCAUCAUAUCAACAACAGCUCUACCUGCGCAUCAGCUGACUGGAACGGUGCCUUCAUCGAGAGCUCAUAACGAUGACUGAAUUGUAAAUCAGGUAAGUGAAAGUUUAUUUUAUUUUCAAUUCAUUAAACAAAACCUAUCAAUCCAUCUCUAUGAAUGUAACUUAAUUUGUAGAUCUGAUUUUUUUUAUAAUAAGAAAUAUUUUUUUCUAAUUAUUACCAUUUCAUUUUUCAAUUAUAGACCGAAUUUGAGAAGUAAUCAAAGAAUAUGAAUUCAUCAAUUCAAUUCAUAGUGUUGUUUUUUUUAUGACAUAAAAAGACAUGGCUUGGAUUCAUCAUCUUCUCUUGCUUUAGUUCUUCACUAAAGCGAGACCUAUAACAAUUGACUAUGUCAUUUGAAAUAUUUAUAUGAUUUGAUAUUGGUUCUAUUCCAAAUUAGGAUUAUAUUAGGGGCAGUUUGUAGACCUCCAUAAAAUUCUGUUUGGACAGUGGAAAAUUGUUAUCAGGUGUGUUUGUCUUUGAAUGUAUUACCAGACCCAGAAGUGGCAGUUAAAUUCAGUUCACAGAAUCCCACCGACGCGCCUCCAAUAAAACCGCAGCAUACCACUUUCAUACCGUACCUCUGCAUAUUGGCGCCUCAUAAACAACGUACCCAUUUUGCAAUCAUUUAAGUGCAUGCUUGUCCCAAACGGCGCAGCCAAAGCAUCCGCAUCCAUGUCAUGUCUCGCUCACAACCGCUUCAUAUCCUCCAGCCAUGAAGAGCACACAUCAAUAAAGCCUGCAGG